AUGGCUACACACCAAAGUCCCUCCAGAUCAGCCUUGAAAACCUCUCUCCCCUCCGCAUAUGCCGUUGUCAACGCAGAGCAGCUCGUCAGCUCGUCCCACCUCCCAUCAGAGGAAGAGCAAGACAAGUACCUAUCAGGUCGACCGCGAGCAACUCCGCAGCACCUGGGAGUUGCUCUCCAACAUGCGCAUCAGAUUCAGGCCCAGAAAGAUGCCGAGAAUAUGAUUCUAGAUCGCAUUAUUGACCUACUCUCGCUACCCUCGUCUCCAUCCGCCGACCCCGCUGCACCUUCGGCUGCAGAUUCGCACGCCUUUAAAUCUGCUCUCCUUAGUUUCCGAACGGGUGACUACGAUAGUCUCAUCAUGGAACGGAAUAACGAGGGACUUUGCGGCUAUGGGCUCUGCCCGCGCGAGUAUCGAAACGAGCGCGGGAGGAACCAAACCUUCCAAUUCAGAUGGGGAGCUAAAGGCAGCGGACCUGGUGGUAGAGGGCGCAACAUGGACAUCGUACCUCGCGAGAAAGUCGAGAAAUGGUGCUCCGAUGAGUGCGCAGAGAGAGCUCUCUUCCUUCGCGUGCAGCUUACCGAGCAGCCCGUGUGGGAGAGGCGGGCUAGUGAGGGCCGCAUUACGAGCAUUGAACUCCUGGAAGAAGCGCGUGCCAAGCGACCAAAGCGAAGAACUGAGGGCUCGACAUCUGCGGCGGCUGUUGCAGCAGACUUAAAUAAACUCAAUAUUCAGGACCCCGAGCGCGCGCAGGAACUCGCCAUGGAGCGUGGAGACACUAGUCUGCCAUUCCGCGGAGGCCGCGUGAAUGUCCAGAUCAAGGAAAAGGAACAGAGCAGCACUUCAUCUGCAAGCGCUCCACAGUGGCGGCCAGAGGAUGCCAAGGGAGGCUCGAUUGAGGGAUAUGUUCCCAAGGAUCGACGAGACAAGGACGCAAUGGACAUUGACCAGGGCGAUUUGCUUGAUCAAAUCUAG